AUGUGGAAAUUUGUGCGCCGUGCGCUGAGUACGAGCGCGGUGCGCCGCAAGGGCCAUGCGCUGCUCCCCGAAGGCUGGCAGGUGGUGAUUGGAAUCGAGUGCCAUGCGCAGCUCAAGGUGCCGACCAAGCUCUUUAGUCCGACCGUGCCACCGUCGGCCCAAACGUCGCCAAACACGCAUGUCUCGGCGUUUGAUGCCGGCUUCCCCGGCAUGCUCCCCCGCCUGCAUAGCUCGACGAUCGGUGCGGCAGUGAAUGCGGCGCUUGCGCUGCAGUGCAAGAUCGAGAACUACUCGACGUUUGACCGCAAGCACUACUUUUACGCCGACCAGCCGAUGGGCUAUCAGAUCACGCAAAAGCGCAUCCCCUAUGCGAAAGAAGGGCGUGUCUCGAUCAGGGUCGAAGACGGCUUUCUGAAGAACGAGGCGGAUGCGAUCGACGUUCCUAUCGAGCAGGUGCAGCUCGAGCAGGAUACGGCCAAGUCGGCGUACUAUACCGUCGACGGCGAGCGCGCCGGGCGCGUCCAGCUGCUCGACUUUAAUCGCGCCGGCGUCGCGCUGAUCGAGAUCGUGAGUGCGCCGGCGAUGCGCACGCCAGAGCAGGCAGGCGCGUACGUGCGCAAAGUGCGCGACCUGCUGCGGUGCGUCGGCGCGUCCGACGGCAACAUGAACGAGGGCUCGCUGCGGUGCGACGUCAACGUGUCCGUGCACAAGUUCGGCACGCCGUUUGGUGCGCGAUGCGAGAUCAAGAACCUGAAUAGCGUCAAGUUUCUGAUGCAGGCCAUCGCGCACGAGGCCCAGCGGCAGUACGCGGCGCUCGCGGCCGGCGGCGAGGUCGAGCAAGAGUCGCGCGGAUUUGACGAGGCCAGCGGCACGACCUACACGAUGCGCAAGAAGGAGGAUGCGCCCGACUAUCGCUACCUGUACGAGCCGAAUAUUCCCCCGCUCGAGAUCCCGAAAGAGCGCAUCAAGGCGCAGAUCAAGGAGCUGCCCGAGCUGCCCGAUGCGCGCCAUGCGCGCCUGCGCGAGACGUACGGCCUGUCUGUGCGCGACAUCAACGUCCUGACGCGCGUCAAUGCCGACGACGACGCGACGCCGCCACCGGAGCGCCACGCGGAGCUCGUGUACUGCCCCAACGCGGUGGACUUUUUCGAGCACCUGGUCGGCGCGGGCGCCGCGCCACAGGCGGCGGUCAACUGGACGAUCCACCACCUGCUCAAGGAGCUAAACGCGGCCGGCGUCCCGUUCCACGCGAGCCCCAUCCCCCCGGUCGUCGUUGCGGAGCUGAUCAGCCUCGUCGACCAGGGCACAAUCACCGCCAAGACCGCGCACACCCUCCUGCGCGAGAUGGUCGAUACACGCACGAUUCCGUUCGACGGCACGCUCCAGCUGCGCCAGCGCAUCGACGCCCGCGGCCUCGCGCAGCUGUCGUCCGACGCGGAUCUGCGCCCUCUCUGCGAAGAAGUCGUCGCGGAGCUGUCCAAGGAUGUCGACGCGGUCCGCGCCGGCAAGUCCAAGGCCAUGAUGAAGCUCGUCGGCGCAGUCAUGCGCAAGUCGGGCGGCCGCGCCGACGCGGUCGCCGCCACGCGCCUCCUCGAGCGCCUCAUCCCGUCCACGAUGGGCACGUCCGCUGAGGAGCUGCUCCGCAGUGCGGAGAAGAAGGCGUCGUCGACUGGCGGCUGGUUCUCGUCGUCGUCGAGCAAGCAUGAAGAGUCGAUUGAGCUCUUUAAAGAGGCUGCGAACAAGUUCCGUGUGGACAACCGCAUGACCGAGGCCGGCCAGGCGCUCGUGCGUGCGGCCGAGAUGGAGCUCAAGACGGGCGAGAAGGACUUUGCCUCGAACUCGUACUAUGAGGCGAGCAAGUGUUUCCGCAUGACGCGUCCCGACCAGGCGAUGAUGGCGCUCGACCGCUGCGCCAACCUGCUUGUCGAGCGUGGCCGUUUCCGCCAGGCGGCGGACCGCAAGAAGAACAUGGCCGAGCUGUACCGCGACGACCCCAACCGUCUCGACCAGGGCCUCGCGGCGUACGAGCAGGCGGCGACGUGGUACACUCAGGAAGGCGCGAGCGCCACCGCGUCCGCGUGCAACCGCGAGGCGGCGCAGCUCGCGAUCCAGCUCGAGCAGUACCCCAAGGCGAUCGAGCUGUGGGAGGCGGUCGCGGCCGCGAGCCUCGGCAGCAACCUGACCAAGUACUCGGUCAAGGAGUACUACCUGAAUGCGGGCCUGUGCUACCUCGCGAUCCCCGACGUCGGCGCGGCGACGCGUGCGAUGGGCUUCUAUGCGCAGCAGGACCCCGGCUUUCCGUCUACGACCGAGGGCCAGUUCCUGCACGGCGUCCUGCAGGCGUGCGAGCACGGCGAGCUCGACGCGUUCGACCAGCGUGUACAAGAGUUUGACCGUAUGAAGCCGAUCACCGGAUGGCGUGCGACGCUCCUGCAGAGCGUGCGCAAGGCCAUUUCCGACGAGCCGGAUCUGUCGUAG